AAAUUCUGGAACUUGUAGUAUGACCGCUCUCGGUGUACCGGUGUGUUCGUCAGCUCUUUUAAAAUUUUCGCGGCCGCUAAAACAAGAUUUGUUCUUCUCUCUGUUGUAUAUAUGAUACGUUGACGUUGCAUUAAAAAAUCUCAAUAUUUUCUCAAUAUGACCAACUCCACUUUUAUCAUCGAUAACGGCGCUUACACGGCGAAAGUCGGUUUGUCCGUAGAAACACCAAAAUUAGUGCCGAAUUGUAUAAUGAAGGCGAAGAGCGAGCGUCGCAGACCCUUCGUGGGAAAUCAAAUCGAGGAGUGCAGGGACGCCUCCGGGCUGUUUUACAUUUUGCCCUUUCAGAAAGGUUAUCUAGUGAACUGGGAUGUCCAGAAAACUGUAUGGGACUAUAUAUUCUCGAAAGAGUCCUGUUCAGUGAACUUGAGCCAGAUGUCUGUGAUAGUCACAGAGCCAGUGUUCAACUUUACCAAUAUCCAAGAAGCCAUGACCGAGAUCUUCUUCGAAGAGUACGAGUGUCACAAUCUCCUGAGGAUAAACACAGCAAGUCUUUCCUGUUACAAUUACAGAGCAGAGAAUCCUGCCACAAAGUGCUGCCUGGUGGUCGACAGUGGUUACAGUUUCACACACAUAAUACCUUAUAUUAAUGACACAAAAAUAAAGGAAGGAAUUAGACGAAUAGAUGUGGGUGGUAAGCUUCUGACCAAUCACCUGAAGGAGAUAAUAUCCUACCGUCAAUUGCACGUUAUGGACGAGACAUAUGUGAUCAACCAGGUGAAGGAAGAUUCUUGCUUUGUAUCUCAAGAUUUCUUCAAGGACAUGGAGCGUGCGAGGUACAAGUUGGAGAGCAACACCAUCACCAAGGACUAUGUGUUGCCGGACUACACGACUCUACGACGUGGCUACCUCAAGGACCCAGAGCCACCCAACGAGCAGCAGGCAUUGCGUUUGGCUAACGAGAGGUUCGCGAUACCGGAAAUACUAUUCCAUCCGUCGGAUAUCGGCAUCCGGCAAAUGGGAAUUCCCGAGGCGAUCAUGGACUCCGUGAAGGCUUGCGGCGAAGAGACGUGGCCGCACUUACUGUCGAACAUUGUUCUCACUGGUGGUAACGCCAAGUUCCCGGGAUUCAGGGAUAGAGUCUACAAAGAAGUCCGAAGUCUGGCCCCGUCGGAAUACACGAUAAACGUCCAUUUACCGCAAAAUCCGAUUACUUAUGCAUGGUACGGCGGAAAGAAACUCUCGCAAGAUACAACGUUCUCCAGUCUGUGGGUGACGAGGGACGAAUACGAAGAAGAAGGAUCGUCUGUAUGCUUCGAAAAAUUUGACAUUUAGUUCUAGCUUUUUUACAUAACAUCGCUAUCAUUCUUACAUACUGUUGGUCAGUGGAAACACUGUAGAGGAGAAUUAAAAAUCUUGGCAGAAAACAGAAAAAACAGGAACCAAUCAGAAUUCGCGACGGUGGUAAUAUUUUCUUUUCUGCCAAGAUGUGAAUUCUCCUUAACAGAGUGUUGCGUUUAUAAUAAAUCAAGUAUAAUUUAUGCUUGAUACAGUUGGAUGUAGAUUUCGAAUAUAUCAAGCACGGAAUGUGUGCAGACGGGCUCGACAUUAAAUUAUCUUCAAAUGCAUUUCAUCUCUGCCAUCAGUUCUUCUAAACUCGAGGCUUCGGGAACAGUUUGCUCGCUCUCCGCGUCGAACGCCUGCGUAGGCACGGCGUAUGCGUGCCGUACACCCGAAGCUGUCCAUACGUAUGAUUGUGCGUCCGACUGCCCGUCUUGUACCAAUGAGAUUCCUGUUAAGCGAAAUAACAUUACAUUGAGUUGCUGAUAAGCUGA